AUGUCUACCGCAGAAACAGCACCAACCCAGUUCAUCCAGGGGCCCGGCAAUGUUACAUUUGCGUACCGCAGGUUUGGCAACGCCAGCGGCGUUCCAAUCGUCCAUCAUAUUCACUUUCGAGGUAAUAUGGAUUUCUGGGAUCCACUGCUCGUGAAUACCAUUGCAGAGAGGCGUGAGGUCAUCCUCUUUGAUAACGCAGGCGUUGGCAGAAGCAGCGGCGAGGUUCCCACCACAUUCGCUGGCUGGGCUCGGGACCUGAUCGGCUUCAUCCGCGCGCUUGAGCUCAAGCAGGUGGACUUGUUCGGCUUUUCGAUGGGAGGUUUGGCUGUUCUCGAGGCUGCUCUAGCCGCUCCUGAGCUUGUCCGGAAGCUCAUAAUCGCCGGCUCAAGAGCGUCCGUGCCAGAGAAAGGCCCGAUCGAUGGCAUCGUAUGGCCACAAGAAGAGCCACCGAUGAAGUACUUCACAAGCUUGGUCUCCGCGACUUCCCUUGACGAAGGUCGAGAAGCGCUCAGGUUCUCAACCUUCCCAGCAACGGACAUUGCCUCAGCUGCAUUCGAUCGCUAUUGGCAACGAAUUUCGUCUCGCACAGCUGAGCCACCCAAUCUCGAGCUGCUACCAAUGGAACCGAAUGGCAACAACCAGAUCGCUUCGGUGUUAGGCGCAAACCAGCCCCAACAUAAUUCCUCCUUUGACAGGCUUGGGGAGCUCAAUAUGCCAGUACUGGUAAUCAACGGUGAUGAGGACACGCUCGUUCCUACGAGCCGCAGCUGGGAGCUAUUGCAGAGGAUCGAGAACGCACAGCUCAUUAUUUACCCACGCAGCGGACAUGGGUUUCUGUGGCAUUACGCGAAGAGGGUCGCCGAAGACACGAACCGAUUCCUGGAUGGUAGUGACUUCGAGUAA